AUGGGGGCAAAAGGGGAGGUGAGAGUGAAGGAGGAGCGGGGGAAGACGGGGCAGCAGGCGAAGCGCGAGAGGCAGGGAAGGCAGGACCCGCCAGCGAAGGAAGCGGUCCACGGGGUCGGCUGGGUAGGGCGUAGGAAGGAGAGCCAUCGGCCACGCACCGACGACGUGAAGCAGGCAUUCCAGCAGCUGGGGGAGCGCAGGAGGAACAGGGACGGGGGCAAGAAGACACAGGGCAACACAGUGGCGGAGAUGGCGAAGAUCAUUGACGAUGUGGAGAAGAUUGACCAGACCCUGGACCGCAUGGCGAAGCGGGUGAGUGAGCUGCAGAGGGAGGAGAGCGCCAAGGCAGCUGAGAGGCAACAGCGCCAGCGCGAGGGGGCCAAGGAGCCCAAGAGGAAGUCCAUCCUCAAGCACGACGCCCAGGUCAAGAGCAUCCCCCCACCGCCCACCAAGGAGGAGAAGCAGGAGGAGACGGGGCAGGGCGCACCUCAGGAGCAGGUGGAAACGGUGGUGAGCAUCGUGGUGGAGGCCGUGCACAAGGUGGUGGACGAGGUGAUGCACAACGUCAUCGAGAAGAUGGUGACCGAUGAGAAAAUGAUGAUGCAGGAUGACCACAUGGCGGCUGAUGUGGUGGAGAAGCUGGGCCAGAUGAUGAAAGGAGACGGGGACAAACAGCGGGCCAGGCCAACUGUGAGGGAAAGGCUGCUGCAGGCCAAGAAGGAGGAGGAGCAGAAGAUGGAGCGGGUGACCAGCCUGACGGGGCCCGGAUUGACCAGCUUUGUGGAGCCCCACUCAACAGGCAGCAAAGGAGCUGAACUGACUGGGUACAAGAAUGGUGAUGUCACCAGCCACCAGGGAGAUGAGGUCACCAGUUUCCACGGAGAUGACGUGACCAGUUUCCUGGGAGAUGACGUGACCAGUUUCCUGGGAGAUGACGUGACCAGUUUCCACGGAGAUGACGUGACCGGUUUCCACGGAGAUGACGUGACCGAUGACGUGACCGGUUCCCUGGGAGAUGACGUGACCAGUUUCCACGGAGAUGAAAUGACCAGUUUCCACGGUGAUGACGUGACCAGUUUCCACGGAGAUGACGUGACCGGUUCCCUGGGAGAUGAUGUGUCCAGUUUCCAUGGAGAUGAAAUGACCAGUCUCCAGGGAGAUGGGGUCACCAGUUUCCUGGGAGAUGGGGUGUUCAGUUUCCGCGGAGAUGAAAUGACCAGUCUCCAGGGAGAUGAGGGAGCGGCAGUAAUUAUCCUCCAGCCAGAUGAAGCAACGGAGCUGGAGGGAGCUGCAGUGAUUGUCCUCCGGGGUGAUGAAGUGACCGAGUCAGGGGUUGAUGAAGUGAUCAGCCAUCACUUGCCUGAAACAACAGAAGAGGCUGCGAGGACACCAGAAGAGAAAAUUCCUAAAGACUCAGUGGGAGAUGCCAAGGAGGGGACACCGAAAGGGCAGCCAGUGAAAGACUGUUGGAAACCGUCAGUUGAGCAACAAAGGGCUCAGGCAGCGAAAGACAUGGUGGACGCACUGCGCCAAGUUUUCACAGUCCUCAGCGACAUGGCAGAGGGAGAGUUUGACAUCCGAGCCUUCCAAAGCAUCCUGCAGCGCUUGAACUUCAGGCUGAGCGAGGAGGCGGUCGCCCAGGCCUUCCAAAAGCUGGACGCGAACGAGGACCAGCAGGUCACCUUCGAGGACUUCCUGAAAGCGAUGGCUGAUGACAGCCUCUUUGUCUGCUUCACGGCCGGUCUGCCGGACUCCUGCAUCGACUCCAAGAUGCAGAAGGGCUUCCUGGAUGACCGGGUGUUCUUCCAGGUGCUCAGCACCCUGCUGCAGUCCCAGUCGCUGUCAGAGGGGGCCACCACUACCCUCAUCAACUACUACUACCGCAAGAAGAAAGGGGCCAGGCUGAGGUCCAAGAAGGGGGGUGAGGUCGGUGACCGCAUGGCCCAGAGUUUCCUGGGCGUCUCCGUGUUCAAUCUCAUCCACUACCUGGACAUCCUCGAGCCGGAUGACGAGUACAGGGACCAGCCCCUCACGGCCGAGCAAACCCAGGCCUUCAGGGAGGCCUUUGAGCUGUUAGACAGGAACGAGAGGGGCAACGUGGACCAGGGCACCCUGCUCAGCACCAUGGGCCGCCUGAAGCUGGGGCUGGACAACCCCUUCAUCCCCGACGACAGGAAGAUGGCGGCUGUCAACAGGGGAAACGAGGUCACCUUCGGCGACUUCCUGGGCAUCAUGGAGGACACGUGCACCUUCGCCAAAUAUCUCGACCCCCCGGAGCCCGGGCGUGAGAGGCACAGGACACCGGAGACCCUGCCGUUCGAGAUCCUGCUGGAGAACCUGGAGACACCGACCAUCGAUGAUGACACCCGCCAAAUCCUCAUCAACUACUACCGCACCAAAUACCGGAGGCUGGAGGCCCGGGUCCUGGAGCUGAGUCGGGGGGGCCAGGCCCCCGGCAGGGAGCCAAUGGCGGCGAUGGCUACCACGUUAUCCAGGGCCGCUGGGGACCGCAAAGCCAAAGCGCCCAGGCCCAAGGCCUCACCAAGGAAGCAGCAACUGGACGACUACCGACGCGGCCCGGCACAGGCCCCCAGGCCUGCUGGAGACGCCACCGUUGGGAGGCCGGGGGACAGGGAAGGCCUGGUGGCAGCCGCUCCCAGGGGACAGCCCAGCUCCACCGGAAACAAACCCACGCCCCUGUCGACCAGCUCCUCCAUUGUGCAGAGGCCGGGCCACCUUUCCAACAGCAAGGAGCCCAGAGCUGACCGCCAGAAGACUGCUCAGCCGCCAGCAAAGGACAGCGACAGUCGCGCUUAUGGGCAGCAGAGCGACGAACUGAACCCAGGCCCCGCGCCCAAACCCAAGAAGCAAGGAUAUAAUCAUAAUUUACCUGGCCGUCUUGGUUUAAACAUGUUGAACUGGAGAGGAGACUUGCCACGUUGCUUCGUUAGCUUCUGUAAUGCACGAGAGCUUUCUGCAUUUGCUGGUAGCAUUGUCAAAUCAAUUGCUGCAUUUAUAAACAGCAAGUUACUGAAGUGGUGUUUGCACUUCUGCUUUGUUCAAGCAGCGGGUGAGAUGUACACUGACAGGCUGGCACUAUGGUGUGGGUACAAACCUGCUGACUGCCGAACUCUGAUUGAGAAGCUUAAGGCCUGCAAUGAUGAGCAGCUCCUGACGGAACUUCAGCAAAUCAAGACAUGGAAUAUCGGAAAGUGCGAGCUGUACCACUGGGUAGACCUGCUGGAUCGGUUCGAUGGAAUUUUGGCAGAUGCUGGGCAGACUGUGGAAACCAUGUCCUGGAUGUUGGUAUGUGACAGGCCAGAAAACGAACAGCUCAAAGCUCUCCUCCUGGCUGUCUUAAAUUUCACCGCUCUGCUCAUUGAGUACAGCUUCUCACGGCACCUGUACAGCUCUAUUGAGCAUCUGACUACCUUAUUAGCAUCAUGUGAUAUGCAAGUGGUGCUUGCUGUAUUAAAUCUGCUGUAUGUGUUCAGCAAGAGAUCCAAUUAUAUCACUAGACUCGGAUCUGAGAAGAGGACUCCUCUGUUAUCAAGGCUACAGCACUUAGCGGAGAGUUGGGGUGGAAAAGAGAAUGGAUUUGGCCUUGCGGAGUGCUGCCGUGAUUUACAGAUGUCGAAGUACCCACCUAGUGCAACAACACUACACUUUGAGUUCUAUGCAGAGCCAAGUGCCGAGGUGAAGUUGGACAAAAAGGCCACAGCAAACAACACACUACAUUACAUUCACAUAGAGCAGUUAGAUAAGAUAUCUGAAAGUCCUUCUGAAAUUAUGGAGUCUUUAACCAAAAUGUACAGUAUCCCAAAAGAUAAGCAGAUGCUACUGUUUACACACAUACGGCUAGCACACGGCUUCUCGAAUCAUAAAAAGAGACUGCAAGCAGUACAGGCUAGGCUACAUGCCAUCUCGAUAUUAGUUUACUCCAAUGCGCUCCAAGAGUCUGCCAAUAGUAUAUUAUACAACGGUUUGAUAGAGGAACUGGUGGAUGUUCUGCAGAUUCCAGACAAACAACUGAUGGAUAUUAAAGCCGCUUCUUUGCGGACAUUGACAUCGAUAGUUCAUUUGGAAAGGACGCCCAAGCUGAGCAGCAUUAUAGACUGCACAGGAACGGCAUCGUACCAUGGCUUCCUCCCGGUGCUGGUGCGGAACUGCAUCCAGGCCAUGAUCGAUCCAUCGAUGGAACCAUAUCCUCAUCAGUUUGCAACAGCGCUGUUCUCCUUUCUGUAUCACCUGGCCAGCUACGAUGCUGGAGGCGAAGCCUUGGUCUCCUGUGGAAUGAUGGAAGCUUUACUCAAGGUGAUCAAGUACCUCGGCGAUGAGCAGGAUCAGAUCACUUUCGUGACCAGAGCUGUCCGAGUGGUUGACCUCAUCACCAACCUGGACAUGGCAGCCUUCCAGUCACACAGUGGAUUGGCUGUAUUCAUCAACCGGUUAGAGCAUGAAGUUGAUAUUUGCAGGAAGGAGUGUCCUUUUGUCAUUAAGCCAAAGAUUCAGCGAUCGAGCACAACUCAGGAGGGUGAGGAGAUGGAGACUGAUUCUGAAGUUUCAGAUAUCGUGAUGGAGAGCAGUCCUGGCCCUUCAACUUCGACUGAGGCCAGGCCAGAGGCAGAGCCACGAGGGCCGAGCACUGCCCCAAGUUACCCACCUAGAGCUGGGGUUCAGUGCAUCCCGCAGCGAGCAGCCUUGCUGAAGUCCAUGCUCAACUUUCUGAAGAAGGCCAUUCAAGAUCCAGCUUUCUCGGACAGCAUUCGGCAUGUAAUGGAUGGGUCCCUGCCUACCUCACUAAAGCACAUCAUCAGCAAUGCAGAGUAUUACGGGCCAUCACUGUUCCUGCUCGCGACAGAGGUAGUGACUGUAUUUGUGUUCCAAGAGCCGUCGUUGCUGUCCUCUCUCCAGGAUAACGGACUGACAGACGUCAUGCUUCAUGCCUUGUUGAUAAAAGAUGUACCCGCGACCCGUGAAGUUCUGGGUUCCUUGCCGAAUGUGUUCAGCGCGCUGUGCCUGAAUGCCCGUGGGCUGCAGUCCUUCGUGCAGUGCCAGCCCUUUGACCGUCUCUUCAAGGUGCUGCUGUCUCCUGACUACCUGCCUGCGAUGAGGAGGCGUCGCAGUUCGGACCCAUUAGGUGACACGGCAUCCAACCUUGGCAGCGCUGUGGAUGAACUGAUGAGACACCAGCCAACUCUGAAGACUGAUGCCACUGCUGCAAUCAUUAAGUUGCUUGAGGAAAUCUGCAACCUGGGAAGAGACCCCAAGUACAUCUGCCAGAAACCUUCUAUCCAGAAGGCGGACGGGAGUGCCACCGCUCCUCCACCUCGCUCCAAUCACGCUGCCGAGGAAGCAUCCAGUGAAGAUGAAGAAGAGGAGGAAGUUCAGGCCAUGCAGAGCUUCAGCAGCAGCAUGGCUGCUCAACAGAGUGACCCUGAACCCAACCAGCAAGUGGUUGGCACGGAGGAGCGGAUACCUAUCCCACUGAUGGAUUAUAUACUGAACGUGAUGAAGUUUGUCGAGUCGAUCCUGAGCAACAACACAACCGAUGACCACUGUCAGGAGUUUGUAACCCAGAAGGGGCUGCAGCCUCUCGUCUGCAUCCUGGGGCUGCCGAAUCUUCCCAUCGACUUCCCCACUUCUGCUGCGUGCCAGGCUGUCGCAGGGGUGUGCAAGUCCAUUCUGACAUUGUCGCACGAGUUGAAGGUGUUGCAGGAAGGUCUUGUUCAGCUGGACACCAUACUGUCGUCUUUGGAGCCGCUGCACCGACCUAUCGACACCCCCGGUGGCUCCGUCCUCCUGCGGGAGCUGGCGAAUGCUGGCAACGUGGUCGACGCCACGCUCUCGGCCCAGGCCACGCCGCUGCUGCACGCUCUCACUGCAGCACACGCCUACAUCAUGAUGUUUGUGCACACCUGCAGAGUGGGCCAGAGUGAAAUCCGUUCCAUAUCUGUGAACCAAUGGGGCUCUCAGCUGGGCCUGAAUGUCCUGAACAAGCUCAGCCAACUAUACUGCUCGCUGGUGUGGGAGAGCACUGUCCUACUGUCCCUUUGUACCCCAAACAGUCUUCCAGCUGGCUGCGAGUUUGGCCAGGCCGACAUGCAGAAGCUGGUGCCAAAAGAGGACAAGCCUGCCACUGCUGCCACACCAGGUACCUCCACUGGAGCGAAGCGAGCAGAAGCAGAAAUGGACGCUGCAAACAGUACAGUGGAGGCAUCAGCUCAGGGGCUCUUGGAGGGGAUUAGCCUGGAUGGGGACACCCUUGCACCAAUGGAAACGGAUGAACCCAGCACCUCCGAUGCCAAAGGGAAGUCCAAGAUUACGCCGGCCAUGGCUGCACGGAUCAAGCAGAUCAAACCCUUGCUCUCGGUUAGUGCCAGCCCCUCUUGUACUGUCCUCAUGCCUACCUGCCUCACACUCUUCUCUGAACUGUUUUCCCAGGCGGCCUUCAACUGCAUCAAGAAUCUGUGGAACCGCAAGCCGCUGAAGGUGUACGGUGGCCGCAUGGCCGAGUCGAUGCUGGCGAUCCUGUGCCACAUCCUGCGGGGCGAGCCGGUGAUCCGGGAACGCUUGUCCAAGGAUAAAGAGGGCAGCAGGACAGAGGAGGAAGGACCCCAGGAAGAAGGCACGGCACCAAGGCGUGAACCGCAAGUGAACCAGCAGCAGCUUCAGCAGCUGAUGGACAUGGGUUUCACAAGGGAGCAUGCCAUGGAGGCCUUGCUGAACACGAGCAGCAUGGAGCAGGCCACGGAGUACCUGUUAACGCACCCUCCGCCACUUCUGGGAGGAGCUGUACGCGUGAGGGAGCUCAGUAUGUCUGAAGAGGAUCAGAUGAUGAGGGCAAUAGCCAUGUCCCUGGGGCAGGAUAUUCCCAUGGACCAGAGUACAGAGUCACCAGAGGAAGCGGCCCGUCGCAAGGAGGAGGAGGAACGCAAGGCCCGCGAGAAGCAGGAGGAGGAGGAGGUGAAGAGCCUGGAGAGGUAUCAGGAUGUGGCACCCCUCGAGCCCGACGAGCUGAACACCUUCACAGAGAAGAUGCUGCCAGGCUGUUUCCACCUGCUGGACGAGUUACCGGACACAGUGUACAGGGUUUGUGACCUGAUCAUGACUGCUGUCAAACGCAACGGCGCUGACUACAGGGACCUCAUCCUCAAGCAGGUCGUUGAGCAGGUGUGGGAAGCUGCCAACGUUCUCAUCAAAGCGGCGCUCCCCUUGACCACGAGCGACACCAAGACGGUGGCAGAAUGGACGAGCCAGAUGGCCACUCUACCUCAGGCCUCCAACCUCGCAACCCGGAUCCUUCUCCUUACCCUCCUGUUCGAGGAGCUCAAGCUGACCUGUGCCAGGAUUGUAGAGACGAGUGGCAUCCUGGACGUCCUGAUCAAGCUGCUGGAGGUGGCGCAGCCUUGUCUUCAGGCAGCCAAGGAACAGAAAGAAGUGCACACGCCCAAGUGGAUUACUCCUGUCCUGCUGCUGAUCGAUUUCUAUGAGAAAAUGUCCGUGUCCUCCAAGAGGAGAGCGCAGAUGAACAAGUAUCUGCAGCCAGCUGGGAAUAACUGGAGGUGGUUUGAUGAUCGAUCUGGGCGUUGGUGCAGUUACAGCGCGAGCAACAACAGCACCAUUGACGCAGCCUGGCGGGCAGGAGAAACCAGCGUGCGGUUCACAGCCGGCCGGAGGAGGUACACCGUGCAGUUCAACACCAUGGUGCAGGUGAACGAGGAGACUGGAAACCGACGGCCAGUGAUGUUGACCCUGCAGCGCCUGCCCCGGAAGGAGCCCAGCUGCAAGGGCAGCAGCAGCUCCCAGUUUGUGCAAGACUUGGAGAAAACCCUCGAAGAAGGGAAGGAGCCCGAUCCUGAGCCAGAGGCCAAAUCCAAGGAAGAGAAGGCCAACGAUGUGGAGCCUGUCCCCGAGGCCACAGCAGAGAAGGAACCUAGUGAAGAAGUUAAAGCAAACGAUAUCGUCAUCCAGGGACUGACAGAAGAGCAGAUGACGGUGCUAAUCCGGUCAUGCGUCAGCAUGAUCAGCGUCCCGGUGGACCCCGACACGCUGCACGCCACCCUGCGGCUGUGCCUGCGCCUGACCCGUGAGCACAAGUGUGCCCUGAUGUUCGCAGAACUGGGCAGCACCCGCAUGAUCCUGAACCUGACGCAGGGCUCUGGCUUCAACGGCUUCACACCGCUGGUGACAUUGCUUUUCCGGCACGUCAUUGAGGAUCCCUGUACGCUCAAGCACACCAUGGAAAAGGUGGUGCGUUCGGCUGCUACCAGUGGGGCAGGCAGCACAACCUCUGGCGUGGUGUCCGGGAGCCUGGGGUCUAGAGAGAUCAACUACAUCCUGCGAGUCCUGGGACCGGCUGCUUGCAGGAACCCCGAGAUAUUCACAGAGGUGGCAAAGAACUGUAUCAGGAUAGCCCUGCCUGCACCCCGUGGCAAUGGGACUGCCUCUGACGAUGAGUUUGAGAACUUGCGCAUCAAGGGCCCCAAUGCAGUGCAGCUGGUCAAAACGACGCCUGUGAAGCCAUCCCCGCUCCCGACUAUUCCUGAUACCAUCAAAGAUGUCAUCUACGACAUGUUGAAUGCACUGUCGGCCUACCAUGCUCCUGAUGACGCUGAGAAGGUUGAGGUGAAGCUGGUGAGUGUGAACCAGGAGCUGAGUCAGUUGCUGCAGGACGUGGGAGAUGACAUGUACCAGCAGUACCGCUCGCUGACACGGCAGGGCAGUGACUUCGACUCGCAGCAGAGCUUCACCAUCAACACCCAGGUCUUUGUUGCUGAUGGUGCAGCGACCGAUUCCAAUCAGGCCGGCACAUCGCAAGGAGAGGGUUCCACCCCAGAGGAGAACCGGGAUGGCAAGAAGGACAAGGAUGGGGACAAAGCCUCGGAGGACGGGAAGCAGAAGGCAAAAGCCAGCAAACCACUCAUGCCGACAUCCACUAUCCUGAGGCUGCUGGCCGAGUUGGUGCGCUCAUACAUUGGCAUUGCCACCCUGAUAGCUGGGUACAAUUAUACAGCUGGCCAGUCUGAGCUCAUUAAAGAGGAUUGCAGCGUCCUGGCUUUUGUCCUGGAUCACCUUUUGCCCCAGACCCAGAAUGUGGGAGACAAAGACACACCAGCACUGGCCCGGCUCUUCCUGGCCAGUCUGGCGGCAGCGACGCAGAGCACUGAAGCACAAGCUGCCUUGGUCAAUGAGGUCAAAGCGGCCCUUAGCCGAGCGCUGGCUAUGGCGGAGAGCACAGAGAAACACGCCAGGCUGCAAGCUGUGAUGUGCAUCAUCAGCACCAUCAUGGAGUCAUGCCCGUCCACCUCCAGCUUCUACAGCAGCAAUGCCGUCAAAACGCAACACAAUGGCAUGAACAACAUCAUCCGACUGUUCCUGAAGAAGGGGCUUGUGAACGACUUGGCCAGAGUGCCUCACAGUCUCGACUUGUCCAGUCCCAACAUGGCGAACACGGUGAAUGCUGCGCUGAAGCCUUUGGAGACGCUUUCUCGUAUCGUCAAUCAACCGAGCAGCCUCUUUAGUAGCAAGAACGCCUCGAGCAAGAACAAAUCCGAGCAGGAUACACACAUCACGAGCGGUGAUGCUAAUGGCAACCAGCCAGAUUCUGGAGAGACUGGAGAGACUGAGACACAGGGAGACCAGGCCCCCACUGGUGUGGCAGACACUGAUAUUAUGGAUGGAGAGACUGAAGCAGACACGGUGGUGAUCACUGGGCAGACGGAAGUCCUAAAUGCCCAGGAGAUGCAGGUUGAGAACGAACUUGAGGACCUUAUCGACGAGUUGCUGGAAAGAGAUGUGGAGACCGUGAGCAGCACGAUCAUCGGUAAGAUAGAUGACGAUGAUGACGAUGAAGAAGAAGUGUGUGAGUUUGACACUUAUGAUCUGGAGCGAAACAAAAGGCAGCGGCAAGGGGUGAAGACAGAAAAGGAUGAGAACGAGAGACGUCAGGAAGAGGAAGACAGGCAAUGGCAGGAGGAAAAAGAAAGAAAGAGGCUGGAGGUGGAAGAGGACGAAGAAGAAGUCUGCAGCUUCAGCCAAGAUGACGAGCAGGAGAGGGAACAAGUGGAGUGGCGAGAAGAGAUAUCCAUGUUCGAAAGUGAGAAUGAAGAGGAGGAAGAGGAGGAAACGGAUGAGUUAGUCAGCCUGGAAUCUGAAGAGGACGAGUCGGACAGAGAAAGUGAAGAGAAGAGAAUUGAGGAGGAGAGUCAGAAGAGAAAGAUGGCUGAAGAAGAGAGAAAAAGAAUGGAAGAGGAAGAGAAGAGAAAAUAUCAAGAGGUGGAUGAGAAUAAGGUGAAGGACGAUGAACAUCAGAUGAAAAUGGAACAGGGUGACAAUAUAGAACAGGAAGACAAAGAAACAUUGAAAAAAGAAGAGACAUUGGAAGAGGAGACAAAGCAGUUGAAAGAGGGACUCGAAAAGGAAGAAGGAAAGGACACAUUGGACAAAGAAGACAAAGAGGAAGAGAAGGAGAAUUUGGAAGCUGAAGAGAAAAUCAAAAGGGAAGAAAGGAAUGAAAUAGAGGAGAGGGAAGAAGAAAUAAAAAAGGAAGAGGGAGGAGAAGGGGAAAAGGUCAAAACGUCUGAAGGUGGGGAGAAAGAGCUCGGCUUUAAUGAGGAGGAAGAGGGCGAAUUGGAAGAAGAAUUAGUGAAGCUUAAGCUGGAGGAGAAAAUGAAGCAGAAUUUGGAGGAAGAGAUUAAAGUGAAGCUGGAGGAAGAGAAACUGAAGAUGACUGAAGAGAUGAAACGUAAGUUGGAGGAAGAGAUGAAAUAUGAAAUAGAGAAAGAGAUUAAGCGCAAGUUAGACGAUGAGAAGAAUCGGAUGGAAGAGGAGUUGACAAGGAAGAUAAAGCAAGAGAUGAAAUUUAAGAUUGAAGAAGCUAUAGGGAAAAGAAAUAGAAUGGAAGAAGAGAGGGAAGAAGUGAUAGCCUAUAAUCCGGAGGCAGAGAAGAAGGCAAAAGAGGAGAAAGAGAAGAGAAAAGAACACUUGGGGAAGACGAAGGAGAAGGAUGAGGCAAAACACAAUGUGAAAGAAGACUUGAGGAGAAGGACUGAAGGUGUGAGAGCAUUGGAGAAGAAGAAUGUGAAGAGGAACAUGGAGGAAGCAAGAAAUGCGGAGCAUAGAGCGGCCAAGAAGGAAUACAAACAGGAGAAAAUGGGUGAUAAGAGCAAAGACAGAAGACAGGUGGACCCUGAGGUGGAUCAUAGGGUAGACACAAAGAGGAUGGUUGAAGAAGAGGUGGAAAGAGUAUGUCCAAAGGGUGGGAGAGUACAGGGUGGUGUGCAGAAGAUUGUCAAAAUGGAACAGCUUCCAAAAAAAUCAAAGGCAAAUUGGUCUGAUGUGAAGCAAAAUGGUUCAGUUGCCUCUAAAGUUCCAGUUUUCCCUGUCCCCGCUUCCCCAUCAAGAUCCCAGCUGCAUGGAUCCUUCCAGCCAAGCUCUCGUACGACAAAUACCACUUUGCCAACAUCUGCCAUGCCAUUUGCCAUGGCCCCUUGCCUACCGACCCCUGCAAUGCUCACAUACGUUCAGAAAGCUCCGUGCCCCUCCCACAACAGCAAACGUCUCCACCAGUGCCCCUUGGUCAGUGAGAGCAAAAGGUGGUCCCUGUUCAGGAAUGAGCUGGAGGCAUUCUAUGAACUCUUUAAGCUGUUCUCAGAGCCUCCUGCCCACGAUGUGAUUAACAUUCACAACCUGUGUGUGGGCCUGCGCACAAUGAACAUCGAGCUGACCGAGUCAAAGCUUGGUGAGCUGCUCGCUCUCCUGGAUGUCAACGGGGAUAGGCAGGUGUGCUUCGAGGAUUUCCUGGAGUUUGUCACAGACUCUGACCGGUUCCUCCGUUACUUUGCCCAACUGCCCAACAGCUGUGACUGCUCAAGGUCUCAGAAAGGACUCCUGACUGACACCGUGUUUUUUAGGAUCCUGGCAGAGAUCUUACGCUUAGGCGAGCUCUCUGUCGACUCGACCAAGCACAUUGUCAGGUAUUAUUUCACCAAGAAGAAAGGAGCUGGCAUCAAAGAUCAGAGGGAAAAGAAGGCCAGUGGGGAUGUACAGGCACCUAGUUUCAUGGGCAUGACCCUUCACCGUCUAGUCCAUUACAUAGAUGUCCUGGAACCAGUCGACAGCUACGAGGAGUCCCCUCUCACCCAGCAACAGGUGGAUGCCUUUCGGGAGUUCUAUGAGUUCUUUGACAGAAAUAACCAAGGCAACAUCGACAACUUCUCGCUGCUGAAAAUCAUGAACUCGUUGUCCAUCUACGUGAGCAACCAGCUGGUCCCAGUUCCUUUGCAGUUUCUGGCGGUGAAUGAAGGCAGAGCUGUCACUUUCCAUGAUUUCCUGGGCAUCAUGAGUGACACGGGCACCUUCAGCCAAUUCCUGGACCAGGAGCAGGAUGCCAACUGCCAGGUGUGGAAUGCAGCAGAGAUUUUCACCACCGAAGCUCUGUUCUUUGACGUGAUCGAGAAAAGCCUACAAUCUCCACUGCUUGAUGCCAGGGCAGCCACCAACAUCAUGAACUACUACCAUCAGAAGUUCAAGGGCUCACUAGUACAGUGCCAGGACCACACUGGAAGAUCUGAGGACAAUGCUGGACAGUCGCGGCAGGAUAUAUCAAGGGAGGCAUCUGCAGCCUACAGUGGAAAGCUGCACCCAAAAGACAGCGUCGACGGGACGGAUGUGGGCUCAGUGCAGGACGGUCAAGGGAAGUCGCAAGCCAGGAGAUCCGAAGCUUUCCAGAAGCGAUUCCAAAAGGCCCUCCAAAACCCCAACUUCAACACAAUCUUCAGCCAGUAUUCCUGGACAUGGAAAAUGGAGGAAGCAGGACGAAACAAACGACUGGAGCAGAUGAAGAAAGGAAAGAGGAAAAUUUCUAUGGUGAAGGUGGGGCCACCAUUUUGUGCACAGCAAGAUCCCACAAUUAGCAACGCGAUGAGGGGUCAGACCUCUUUAGCUUCCAGCAAUGACGGACAAGUACCAGUUUUAGGACACCAAACAGAGCUCCUUCCCCUGCUACAUCCCCCCCCACCCCCACCUCUGCUGCAGCAGCUGAAAGUGACGGAGCAAGUUAUGGAGAAGGAAGGAAAACCAGAGAAGGAAGGAAAACCAGAAAAGGAAGGAAAACCAGAGAAGGAAGGAAAACCAGAGAAGGAAGGAAAACCAGAGACAGUAGCAGCAGAAACUCCUUCACAGAAAGAUGUUGUGGUGGGACUGGGGAAGGUGAUGGAGAAAGUAGUGGAUAAGGUGAUGGACAGGAUGAUGGAUAGGGUGAUGGACAGGAUGGUAGAGAAAUGGAAGCUGGAGAACAAGGAGAAGAUACAGCAGACGGUGGUGGAGACUAUGAACGAGACCCUAGACAAGGUGGCCGAGAGCGCACUGAACACGGAGGAGGAGAUGGGCAAGAAAGUGGAGGAGCUGGUGAACAGGGUGGUGGCAGAGGUGGCCUCAAUCAUGGAGAAGGUGAUGGAGCAGGUGGAGAAGAAGCUGGACAAGGACAGGCCCUCGGCGGAGGACGAGGAGUCAGAUGGCUCAGUGUGUGAGAUGCCCCCAUUUGCGGAUGAGGAUGAGGAUGAAGAAGAUGAAGAAGAGGAGGAUGAGGAGGACGACACCCCCGAUGAGCCUCCCCUGACCCCCAACCAGCGGGAAGCCUUUUACGAGGUCUUCAAACAGUUCACGCAGGGGAACAGUGAUGUCAUUAACAUUUCUAAGCUAAAAACUUCACUCGAGGCCCUAGAGAUCCCGGUGGAGGAGGUCGACAUCUACAACAUCCUGGAGGCGCUGGAUUCAAAUGGGGAUGGGGAAGCAAAUUUCGACGACUUCCUGAAGCUGGUGACCAACACCCGUCUCUUCUUCCUCUUCUAUAAGGAGCUGCCAGAUCGCUGUGAGGGCCCGCAACCCCAGAUGGGCUCCGUAGACAACACCGUGUUCUUUGAAAUCCUAUCCAAGUUCAUCCAAACACAGAUGCUCCCUGAGGACACCACAAAGAAAAUAAUCCAGUAUUUCUACAUGAAAAAGAAAGGGGAGAAGCUCAAGACCAAGAAGCCCGACACCUGCCCAAAGCAAUAUCUCCCACCCCCAACAUUCCUAGGUCAGUCAAUCUACAGCCUGGCAACUUACGUGGACAUCUUGGAGCCUGACGAGGAAUAUACGGAGACUCCCCUGACAGAGGAGCAGGUCACAGCUUUCCGCAAUGUCUUCAACAUGUUUUGCAGGGACAAGCAAGAUCGCAUCAAUGUCAGUAGUCUCCUGAAUAUGAUGUCUGAGGUGCAGAUAUACUUAAAGAACCCCUUAAUCCCCAAUGAGAUGAAAUGCACUGAGGUCAACUCAGGCAAAGAGGUGAGCUUUGAGGACUUUCUAGCCAUUAUGACCAAUACUAACACUUUUGCGCAGUACUUGGCUCCAGAGUAUGAGCCCUGCAAGAGCACAGUGGCAACACCCGUGGUCAUGUUCCAGGCCAUCAACAAGUUGGUGGACUCACCCCUGCUCUCAGCCAAGAGCAAAGUCAUCAUUGCAGCCUACUACCGAAACAAGUUCAUAACCAUGGCCCAGGACUAUGGCGAGGCAGCAGAACUCGACGAGGAGGCCCGCACCCCCGAGGGAGGCCAGAGCCCGAUAAUGUCGGCAUCGCCGCCCCAAUCAGAGCCUGCCAGCCCCAAACAGGAGAAGCAGGUGGAGAAGGAGGCGGAAAAGGCCACGGCUGAGAAAGAGGAGGCAGCGGAGAAAAAGCAGAAGGAUGCGGACGAGUGGCAAGCUCCGGAGCCAGCCAAGGAACAAGCCAAGGAACAGGCCAAGGAGCAGGCCAAGGAACAAGCCAAGGAACAGGCCAAGGAACAAGCCAAGGAGCAGGCCAAGGAACAAGCCAAGGAACAAGCCAAGGAGCAGGCCAAGAAAACCUACAGCCAGAAGAUUAAAGAGGCCAGGAUGAAGAGGAGGCAGAACAUGCAGAAGAGAUUUGAAGCGGCCAUGAAGAAUCCUGCCUUCCAUCAGGCCUUUGAAGCUUACUCCUGGACAUGGAAUGAGAAACAAGCCAAACAGAAACAAGGGAUCACUUCUAGUAUUUCCAAAUUUACCAAUGCGUCAAAAAUAUGCGGAAUUGUCUCGUCCUCUAUCCCCUCCGUGGCCUUGCCCGCCAGAGACGCAGUGCCAGGGACUGGAGUAACAGCAGCUUCCGACGGGCAGACAUCCACCACAAACAGUGAGGAGGACCCACUUGCUGGGAUUAGCUUACCGGAGGGUGUAGACCCAUCCUUCCUGGCUGCCCUGCCUGAGGAUAUCCGCCGCGAGGUUCUCCAGAACCAGCUGGGGAUCCGGCCGCCGAACCGUGCAGCAGCCACGGUGGCUGCCUCUGCUGCUGCCGCCGCCGCCGCUGCCGCUGCCACGCUGGUCGGUAACCAGGGUGUCACAGAGGUCAGCCCCGAGUUCCUGGCUGCACUCCCACCGGCCAUUCAGGAGGAGGUACUGGCCCAGCAGCGAGUAGAGCAGCAGCGGAGAGAGCUGGCGCAGACGGCCAACCCUGACACCCCGAUGGACCCGGUCACCUUCAUCCAGACGCUGCCUUCCGACCUGCGGCGGAGCGUGCUGGAGGACAUGGAGGACAGCGUGCUGGCCGUGAUGCCGCCGGACAUUGCGGCUGAGGCUCAAGCCUUGCGCCGGGAGCAGGAGGCCAGACAGCGGCAGCUGAUGCACGAGCGCUUGUUCAGUCACAGCAGUUCGUCCGCACUCUCCGCCAUCCUGCGGAGCACAGGCUUCACCGGGCGCCUGGGAGGAAACCGAGGGGUGCAGUACACGCGCCUGGCCGUGCAGAGGAGCGGAGCGUUUCAGUGGGGGAGCAGCACCCACAACAGGUACACCACGCGCAACACAUUGGCAGGACCCAGGUCCCACGACAGGGCAUCCAGCAGCAGCAAUGUGGAUAGCUUGCUGCGACUGCGAGGGCGCCUCCUACUGGACCACGAGGCGCUGUCCUGCCUGCUGGUGUUGCUCUUUGUGGACGAGCCGAAGCUGAACACCAGCCGCCUGCACCGAGUCCUGCGCAACCUGUGCUACCACACGCAGACGCGCAACUGGGUCAUCAAGAGCCUACUGUCCAUCCUGCAGCGCAGCAGCGAGAGCGAGCUGUGCAUCGAGACCCCCAAGCACCCCGAGGAGAAGGGCAAGAAAGCCACCAAGCCAGGUUCUGGCGCGCCGUCUACCGCCGCAGCGGCCCAUGAGCACCGGCCGCUGGACCUGCUGCACAAGAUGGAAGCCAAGACCACCAGCCAGCUGUCCUGGCUCUCCGUGUCCAUGGAUGCUGCCCUGGGCUGUCGCACCAACAUCUUCCAGAUCCAGCGGUCCGGCGGGCGCAAGCACUCAGAGAAACACGUGGGCUGCGGCUCCACUGUCCACAUCCACCCUCAGGCUGCCCCUGUGGUCUGCCGGCACGUCCUGGACACCCUCAUUCAGCUUGCUAAGGUCUUCCCAAGCCAUUUCACGCAGCAGAGGACCAAAGAGGCGAGCACCGAAACCGAUAAGGAGAAGCUGAAUAAGCAGUCGGCCAACAGCCCAUGCCUUGGUCAGCCAGUGGGCGGAGGGGGUGGAGGUGGAGGCGGAGGACCCAGCCUGGGCAUCUCCACAGACUUCUGGGACUUGCUGGUCAAGCUGGACAACAUGAACGUCAGCCGGAAAGGCAAGACCUCGGUGAAAGCCACUCCAUCCUCCAACAGCGAGGGCGAGAACGGCCAGUGCAGCCUGGAAUCGUCGCCCCUGGGCCAGCUGAUGAACAUGCUCUCGCACCCAGUCAUCCGACGCAGCUCGCUGCUGACGGAAAAGCUUCUGCGGCUCCUCUCUCUCAUUUCCAUUGCGCUGCCUGACAAGGCAACGGAGGUCGCGGUUAACCACGGUGGCACCACUGAAGUGACCCUGGUCGGCUCCGUCACAUCUCCUCCGAAAGCAGCCAAGUCUCCGGCCAAAGCCACGCCAGAAGGAGCAACAGGUGCCAACGAGAGCAAGAUCCAGAGCUCUGGCUUGACGGAGAAACAGUUGCAGCUUUCCGUGGAGGUGCUGACCUCGCACUCGUGUUCAGAAGAAGGCCUUGAAGAUGCCGCAAACAUCCUACUGCAGCUCUCCAGGGGCGAGCCAGGAACCAGGGACACUGUCCUGAAACUGCUGCUCAGUGGAGCCCGCCAGCUGGGAUACACACUCUGCCAGCAAAUAGGUACCUUACUGGCCGAGCUGCGGGAGUAUAACCUGGAGCAGCAGCGGAGAACGCACUCGGACGGCCCUUCUCCCGAUGGAACGCCGGACGACCACCCCCACCUGACCAAGCUGAAAGGGAAGAUGCAGAGCCGGUUUGACACGGCGGAGAAUGUGGUCAUUGUGGCCUCGCACAAACGCCCACUGGGUGGCCGGGAGCUCCAGUUGCCUUCCAUGUCGAUGUUGACGUCCAAGACCUCCACGCAGAAGUUCUUCCUCCGCAUCCUGCAGGUCAUCAUCCAGCUUCGGGACGCCACCCGGCGAGCAAACAAGAAAGCCAAGGAGACGGGGCGGCUAGGAACCUCGACGAUGGGUUCGGCAAGCAGCAUCCAGGCAGCUGUGCGGCAGCUGGAGGCUGAGGCUGACGCCAUAAUACAAAUGGUACGUGAGGGCCAACAAGCCAGAAGACAGCAGCAAACAGCCAUGUCUGAGGCAAACCCAGCAGAAGGAGCUUCUCGAAGAGACGAGUCUCCCAUGGACGUGGACCAGCCGUCACCAGCUGCUCAGGAGUCGCUGUCGCUUGGUUCCGAUGGAAGCCAAGUGAGCGAGAAGGAGAAGGAAGAAGAGAAGCUGCCUGAGUUGCCGCUGUUGAGCGAGCAGCUGAGCCUGGACGAGUUGUGGGACAUGUUGGGCGAGUGCCUGAAGGAACUAGAGGAGUCACACGACCAGCAUGCAGUCCUCGUGCUGCAGCCCGCAGUCGAGGCCUUUUUCCUGGUCCACGCGACAGAGAGGGAGAGCAAGCCGCCUGUGAGAGACACGCGGGAGAGCCAGCUUGCUCACAUCAAGGAUGAGGCACCGCCCCUCUCUCCAGCUCCCGUCACCCCAGCCACCCCUUCCUCCCUGGACCCGUUCUUCUCCCGUGAGCCUUCGUCCAUGCACAUUUCUUCGAAUCUGCCCCCGGACACACAGAAGUUCCUGCGCUUUGCAGAAACACACCGAACGGUGCUGAACCAGAUUCUGAGGCAGUCGACUACACACUUGGCAGACGGCCCCUUUGCAGUCCUUGUGGAUUACAUUCGCAUCCUGGACUUUGACGUCAAACGCAAGUACUUCCGUCAAGAGUUGGAGCGGUUGGACGAAGGAAUCCGAAAGGAAGACUUGGCGGUGCAUGUGAGGAGGGACCACGUCUUUGAGGACUCGUACCGGGAGCUCCACAGGAAGUCCCCGGAAGAGAUGAAGAACCGGCUGUACAUUGUGUUCGAAGGGGAGGAGGGGCAGGAUGCUGGAGGCCUGCUACGCGAGUGGUACAUGAUCAUCUCGAGGGAAAUGUUCAACCCCAUGUACGCGCUGUUCAGGACGUCGCCAGGAGACCGCGUCACGUAUACCAUCAACCCAUCGUCACACUGUAACCCCAACCACCUCAGCUACUUCAAGUUUGUGGGGCGCAUCGUGGCAAAGGCUGUGUAUGACAACCGUCUGCUGGAGUGCUACUUCACCCGCUCUUUCUACAAACACAUCCUCGGCAAAUCAGUCAGGUACACAGACAUGGAAAGUGAAGACUACCAUUUUUACCAAGGCCUGGUCUACCUGCUGGAGAAUGAUGUUUCUACUCUGGGCUAUGAGCUCACCUUCAGUACAGAGGUGCAAGAGUUUGGAGUGUGCGAGGUACGGGAGCUGAAACCGAACGGAGCGCACAUCAUCGUAACUGAAGAAAAUAAGAAGGAGUACGUCCAUCUGGUUUGUCAGAUGAAGAUGACCGGUGCAAUCCGGAAACAGCUGGCUGCCUUCUUGGAGGGCUUUUACGAGAUUAUUCCGAAGAGGCUGAUCUCCAUUUUCACCGAGCAGGAGCUGGAACUUCUCAUUUCCGGUUUGCCAACUAUCGACAUCGACGACUUGAAAGCGAACACUGAAUACCACAAAUACCAGAUUAACUCCAUACAGAUCCAGUGGUUCUGGCGGGCGCUGCGUUCCUUCGACCAGGCUGAUCGUGCAAAGUUCCUGCAGUUUGUUACCGGCACCUCCAAGGUCCCGCUCCAGGGCUUUGCAGCCUUGGAGGGAAUGAAUGGCAUCCAGAAGUUCCAGAUUCACAGAGACGAUCGCUCGACUGACCGGUUGCCCUCGGCUCACACUUGCUUUAACCAACUGGACCUCCCAGCCUACGAGAGCUAUGAGAAACUGCGUCACAUGCUGCUGCUCGCUAUACAGGAGUGUUCGGAAGGAUUUGGCCUUGCCUGAAAGCUUCAGAUCGAAGGAAGGAAUGAAUGAACGAGCAAACGAUCGGCGGAAGAUUGAGAAAUAAAAGGCAGUGCGCAAUGGGAGGAUAUUUUUAACAAGACUGUAAAAUGUGCGUAACUUGGGUCUCCUCGGACUGACCUUAGUAGACUUGCUUAAAAAAAAAGGUUACGAAAAGGCACUGCCUGUGCUGAGUGGAUUUCUAGAGUGAGCGCUUCACACAGGGACAAACAAUAUGGACUUUGAAAUUUUUUUUUCAUUUUCCCCCACCCCCUCCACCCCCAAAUCCUCCUCCAUCACUCUAUUAAAUUGCAUCAUUUUUACAAGUGUGUGUGUGCGCGCGUGUACAUGCGUACACAAAUGCCUGCACGCGCACAUUCUUGGAUUGUCUUGACUUGCACAUGGGAAGGAUCAGUGGGUGGUGGGGGGGGAGAAGAGGAUUUUUUUUAAAACAGAGAAUUCCAACAUGAAAAUAAUUGACUCCGGUGUUGCUAACUCGGUAACAGAGACCACUUGUUUCAACAUCACUUUUCACUAUGCUGUUUGUCUCGUUCUUUUGUUUAUCUCUGUAUCCAUGCAAAUAUUGAAGAUGUAAAUAAAUAUUACAAGUUUUGAUCCACAGGUGGCCCUAUUCAGCAGUGGAGUGAAGACCUGCCGGCAAGAGGUCAAGGGUUAUAUUUGUGAAUCAUGGCAAGGCGUUAGCUUUUAACCAGAUCCCCCAUUUAAUCGCACAGUGACACACGAGGCGUGCAUUGUGACGCGAGUGGGAGGGGAGAUGGGGUGAGGAAGAAAGCAUAAAGUUGUAAAAUAUGUGCAAAAACAAAAAAGUCACUAGCCAAGUUCAUGCUUUUUUCAUAUUUAUUCGUUUAGAUUUUUUGGAAAAUUCUGGAAUAAAUAAAAAGCUGGUUUGAUUCACUUCAACAUUUGAAUGUUUAAAAAGGAGGGAGCGAGAAAGAAAGAGAGAGAGCUAAGAAAAGAAAGGGGAACUUCUGGUUCUGAUCUCAGAAUUUCGAAUGCGACCUCUAUCCUUUUUUUUUUUGCCUGUGUCUUGAUAUCCAAGUGUGCAAGAGGGGAGGGGGUUCUGUUAUGCCCAUUAGUACUUUGGACAAAGGAAAAAAAAAUACAAAGAAGAUUCAUUAAAAGUUUAGUUUGAAAAACA